AUGCUAGCUGUAGUGGGUGACGGUACUGCUGGGAGAAUCGGCAGCAUUAUGAGCAAGAAUAUUAAUAACAUAAAUCCGGACUCGUCCGCUAUAUUCAUAUCCAAGAUGGACGUGAUCAUCCCGUUUUCACCAGACGUGCCCUGUGACAACAAUGGCCAACGCAUGUGGUGGGCAUUUCUCGCCUCAUCUAUGGUGACUUUUUUCGGUGGUCUUUUCAUCAUUCUUCUGUGGAGGACUCUCAAUUAUCUGUGGACGGUGUGUUGCCACUGCAACAUUAAAAACAAGGAAGUACAGAAGGUUACCCACCCUGUCAGUGACUCGAUAGAUGCCAAGGCCCCAGAGGAGAAAGAAGACUCCUCCGCCAAUGAAGUGGGGUGGAUGACCUCCGUCAAGGACUGGGCUGGAGUCAUGAUAUCUGCGCAGACAUUGACAGGCAGAGUACUGGUUGUUCUAGUUUUUGCACUCAGCAUUGGAGCACUUGGAAUAUACUUUAUAGAUUCUUCAGACCCUAUAGAGUCCUGUCAGAAUUUCUACAAGGAUUUCACCCUCCAGAUUGACAUGGCUUUCAACGUCUUCUUCUUGCUAUACUUUGGCCUGCGUUUCAUUGCAGCUAAUGACAAAUUAUGGUUUUGGCUUGAGGUAAACUCUGUAGUGGAUUUCUUCACAGUGCCGCCGGUGUUUGUUUCUGUCUAUCUUAACAGAAGCUGGCUUGGGUUAAGGUUUUUAAGAGCCUUACGACUGAUACAGUUCUCAGAAAUUUUACAGUUUUUGAAUAUUUUAAAAACUAGCAAUUCCAUCAAGCUUGUGAAUUUGUGCUCCAUCUUCAUAAGCACAUGGCUCACAGCUGCUGGAUUUAUACAUCUGGUGGAAAACUCAGGGGAUCCUUGGGAAAACUUCCAAAACUCCCAGUCACUUUCUUACUGGGAAUGUGUGUACUUACUGAUGGUCACUAUGUCCACCGUGGGAUAUGGAGAUGUCUAUGCAAGAACCACCCUUGGCCGCCUUUUCAUGGUCUUCUUCAUUCUCGGUGGUUUGGCCAUGUUUGCCAGCUACGUCCCUGAAAUCAUAGAGUUAAUAGGAAACCGCAAGAAAUAUGGGGGUACCUAUAGUGCGGUUAAUGGCAGAAAACAUAUUGUUGUCUGUGGUCACAUCACACUUGAAAGUGUAUCCAACUUCCUGAAAGACUUCCUACACAAGGACAGGGAUGAUGUCAAUGUAGAAAUUGUUUUUCUUCAUAAUAUUUCCCCUAAUCUUGAGCUGGAAGCCUUAUUUAAACGCCAUUUUACUCAGGUGGAAUUUUACCAAGGAUCUGUUCUCAACCCACAUGAUCUUGCCAGAGUUAAGAUUGAGUCAGCUGACGCCUGCCUCAUCCUAGCUAACAAAUACUGUGCUGAUCCUGAUGCUGAAGACGCCUCUAAUAUCAUGAGGGUCAUAUCCAUCAAGAAUUAUCAUCCAAAGAUACGGAUUAUAACUCAGAUGCUGCAGUAUCACAACAAGGCCCAUCUGCUGAAUAUUCCCAGCUGGAACUGGAGGGAGGGUGACGAUGCCAUCUGCCUGGCUGAGCUGAAGGCGGGCUUCAUCGCCCAAAGCUGCCUGGCACAGGGACUCUCUACCAUGCUCGCCAACUUGUUUUCUAUGAGGUCCUUCAUCAAGAUUGAGGAAGACACCUGGCAGAAGUACUACCUGGAGGGCGUGGCCAAUGAGAUGUACACAGAAUAUCUUUCCAGCGCUUUUGUGGGGCUUUCCUUCCCCAUGGUUUGUGAACUCUGUUACGUGAAACUGAAGCUGUUGAUGAUAGCCAUUGAGUGCAAGUCCGAACAAAGGGAAAGCAGUAUUCUGAUCAACCCUGGAAACCAUGUUAAGAUUAAAGAAGGCACCCUGGGGUUCUUCAUUGCCAGUGAUGCCAAAGAAGUAAAGAGAGCAUUUUUCUACUGCAAAGCCUGUCACGAUGACAUCACAGACCCCAAAAGAAUAAAGAAGUGUGGCUGUAAGCGAUUUGAGGACGAGCACCCGUCAAGUCUGUCACCUAAAAAAAAGCAACGAAAUGGGGGGAUGAGAAAUUCACCAAACUGUCCAGCUAAGACUGUAAGGCAUGAUCCGCUGCUCAUUCCAGGAAAAGAGCAAAUCAAUGACAUGGAUGCCAACGUGAAGAAGUAUGACUCCACGGGGAUGUUUCAUUGGUGCCCGUCUAAAGACAUAGAGAAGGCUAUCCUGACUCGCAGCGAGGCCUCCAUGACGGUCCUGAGCGGCCAUGUCGUGGUCUGCAUAUUUGGAGAUGUCACAUCUGCUUUAGUGGGGCUGCGGAACUUAGUCAUGCCCUUAAGAGCCAGCAACUUUCACUACCAUGAGUUGAAGCCCAUAGUGUUUGUGGGCUCUCUGGAGUACCUGAAGAGGGAGUGGGAGACUCUUCACAAUUUCCCCAAAGUCUCCAUCCUGCCCGGUACACCAUUAAGCCGAGCCGACCUGAGGGCCGUCAACAUCAACCUCUGCGACAUGUGCGUCAUCCUGUCGGCCAACCAAAACAACAUCGAUGACGCCUCUCUGCAGGACAAGGAGUGCAUCCUGGCGACACUCAACAUCAAGUCCAUGCAGUUCGACGACACAAUCGGAGUCCUGCAGGCUAACUCCCAAGGUUUCACACCCCCUGGAAUGGAUAGGACAUCUCCAGACAACAGCCCAGCUCAUGGCUUAGCACGUCAGGCCUCCGUCACAACAGGAUCGAACAUCCCAAUCAUAACAGAACUGGUGAACGACUCCAAUGUGCAGUUCCUUGACCAGGAUGAUGACGACGACCCCGACACAGAACUUUACCUCACGCAGCCCUUCGCCUGCGGGACGGCUUUUGCCGUCAGUGUGCUGGACUCCCUGAUGAGCGCGACUUACUUCAAUGACAACAUCCUGACACUGAUCCGCACGCUGGUGACCGGAGGGGCCACCCCGGAACUUGAGGCUCUGCUGGCUGAAGAGAACGCCUUACGGGGAGGCUAUAGCACACCUCAGACACUGGCCAACAGAGACCGCUGUCGGGUAGCACAGCUGGCCCUGUACGAUGGGCCCUUUGCCGACCUAGGGGAUGGGGGCUGUUACGGGGACCUUUUCUGCAAAGCUUUAAAGACAUACAACAUGCUUUGCUUCGGUAUCUACCGCUUAAGGGACGCACAUCUCACCAUACCAAGUCAGUGCGUCAAGCGGUACGUCAUAACCAACCCGCCAUACGAGUUUGAGCUGGUGCCCUCAGACCUGAUCUUCUGCCUGAUGCAGUUUGACCACAAUGCAGGCCAAUCGCGCACCAGCCUGUCCCAUUCCUCCCACUCCUCCCACUCAUCCGGCAAGAAGAGCGCUUCUCUGCACUCCAUCACCACAGCCAACCGGCCAGGACGCAAGAAAAAGGAAACAGUCUACAGAUGAAGCAAGAGCCCCCACCCAGGAACGAUUAGACGAAGGCCACCAACUAUACAGCCUAGCGGCAGUCGACAAGCAGUCCCUGAUCAGAGAAGUCGGGGAACAGCCAUGAACGACAAGCGAUUCAUUUGUCCUCCUUCGAUCCAGAAAUGUUUGCAUAUAACCCCUUUCCAUACGAGACUCACAAGGUCCUCUUAGACAAAAAACUUAAUCUGAUUUCAAAGAAAAAAAACGAGAUUCCCUGAGUCUUAGAUGGAGACGGAGCCGUCCCAAACCGUGACUGAGCUGCAUUUUUUUGUUCCGUUUAAUAACACGAGCCCCAUAGCGUGUAGCUUCACUUGGAGAUUGGGAGAUGCCACAUAUUGCGUAACGUGGGCAUGGAGGGGUCCUCCUUUUAAACUGCUCAGUCACGGCUGGGGAAACACAACGGCACCCUUAGCAUCCAUCACAAGGCGAAACAUGAAAAGGAGGAUCCCUGAAGACCCACUACAGCGAAAAGUGGCAUGAGAAGAAGCGGAUGAGGAGGACUAAUGAAUACCAGUAGACUUAUUAGCUAUCAUAAGGUUAUAAGUGUAAGAGUAGCUGAAAAACUGCCGUCUGUACAAUAAUUGUACACGGUGUCAAUUUGUAUUGUCACAUUAUUCCUGUACCAGUAGUAUUGUACAAUUUUCAGCUUCAGCUAAUAAUAAUAAAAGAAAUCUGUAUUUCCACA